AUGUCGUUCAGAAAGAGAAGUGAAGUCAUUGGUGGUCCUCCUGGGGUCAGUCCCAGAACUCCAGCUGGCGUCUCCAGGCCCCUCCGUCCUGCUGUGCCCGGAAGAGGGCCCAUUGCACCUGGAACCGUCCCUUCAAGAGCACCCGCCAGUCCAGCGGGCCAUGUUCCUCCACAACCACCCUCUGCUAGACGUGCACAGCCUCCUGAGAUCAAGAAUCCCGCCAUCAGGCCGUCGCUCAUCACCUCACAGCCAACAAUCUCCACUGGUGGUGCAGAUCUAGACAAGAUCUUACUCCAUCAAGGCUUGCCGCUAGGCCACUCGUUGCUUAUCGAAGAAAGCGGCAGCACCGACUUUGCAUCGGUGAUCUUGCGGGCGUUUGCGUCUCAGGCUAUUAUUCACAACAGAAUCGACAAGGAUCAGCUCCAUGCUCAUGUGGUGGUGAUUGGCGUCAAUCCCCAGUGGUCUAACGACCUUCCAGGGCUCUACAAAGGCUCUUCUAAGGAGCAGAAGAAGGCAAAGAUCGCAGCCAACGAGUCCAAGAUCAGUGUGUCCAACCUUGCCAACCAGUCGACCCGUGAAAACGAUAUGAAGAUUGCCUGGAGGUAUGGUCUCAAGCAAAAGGUCGAGGCAGACGCUGCCAACGAUACAGACUACACCCAUCAGUUCGACAUCACCCAGAAGUUGGUUCCUGGCCCAGCAGCCACAGACAUCUCGUAUAUUCAAUUGACUCCCGACUACCAUACCAUCAUAGAACGCUUGGAGGCCAUCGUCCAGAAGUACGAGUCAAAGGUGUGCAGAAUUGUGAUUCCUGGCCUUUUGAACCCAUCGCUCUACCCACCACAAUGUUCAUCUCCUAAUUUUAUCAUUCCGUUUGUGCAUUCCUUGAGGGCCGUUUUGAGACAGCAUCCCAACACUGCAUUGAUAUCUUCUUUACCAUUGGACUUGUACCCUCGAGACUCCACUGUCACUGGGGUGUUGGAGUCCCUUUUCGAUGGGGUGCUUUACUUGCAACCUUUCAACCAAGAAAUGUCUCAACUUAUUGAAAAAGCAUACAAGAACGAGCCCUCAAAGAUCCAACAGGGGUUGGUGAACAUCAUCAAAUUGCCCGUCUUGUCAGAAAAGGGACUCAUGAUGAUUCGUGACGGCGAGUACGCCUUCAAGAACGGAAGAAAGAAGUUCGAAAUUGAAGAAUGGGGUAUUCCAGUUGAGGACGAGGGCGAAGAAAAGUCCACCACGAAGGAUAUCGAGUUCUAG